GGAAUGCGCAGUGUCGUGACGCGGCAUUAUUGCGUGACUGUGGGGCUGACCCAGUUUUCCACUUUCUAGUUGUAAAGAAGUGCACUAGUAGUCCACCGAGGAUCCCCGAGAAAUGGAGCAAGAGCCACAAAAUGGAGAACCUGCUGAAAUUAAGAUCAUCAGAGAAGCAUAUAAGAAGGCCUUUUUGUUUGUUAACAAAGGUCUAAAUACAGAUGAAUUAGGUCAGAAGGAAGAAGCAAAGAACUACUAUAAGCAAGGAAUAGGACACCUGCUCAGAGGGAUCAGCAUUUCAUCAACAGAGUCUGAACACACAGGCCCUGGGUGGGAAUCUGCUAGACAAAUGCAACAGAAAAUGAAAGAAACACUACAGAACGUACGCACCAGGCUGGAAAUUCUAGAGAAGGGUCUUGCCACUUCUCUACAGAAUGAUCUUCAGGAGGUGCCCAAGUUAUAUCCAGAAUUUCCACCUAAAGACAUGUGUGAAAAAUUACCAGAGCCUCAGUCUUUUAGUUCAGCUCCUCAGCAUGCUGAAGUAGAUGGAAACACCUCAACUCCAAGUGCAGGGGCAGUUGCUGCGCCUGCUUCUCUCUCUUUACCAUCCCAAAGUUGUCCAGCAGAAGCUCCUCCUGCUUAUACUCCUCAGGCUGCUGAAGGUCACUACACUGUAUCCUAUGGAACAGAUUCUGGGGAGUUUUCAUCAGUUGGAGAAGAGUUUUACAGGAAUCAUUCUCAGCCGCCGCCUCUUGAGACUUUAGGGCUAGAUGCAGAUGAAUUGAUUUUGAUACCAAAUGGAGUACAGAUUUUUUUUGUAAAUCCUGCAGGGGAGGUUAGUGCACCUUCGUAUCCUGGGUACCUUCGAAUUGUGAGGUUUUUGGAUAAUUCUCUUGAUACGGUUCUAAACCGUCCUCCCGGGUUUCUUCAGGUUUGUGACUGGUUGUAUCCUCUAGUUCCUGAUAGAUCUCCAGUUCUGAAAUGUACUGCAGGAGCGUACAUGUUUCCUGAUACAAUGCUGCAAGCAGCAGGAUGCUUUGUGGGGGUCGUCCUGUCCUCUGAGUUACCAGAGGAUGAUAGAGAGCUCUUUGAGGAUCUGUUAAGGCAAAUGUCUGACCUUCGGCUCCAGGCCAACUGGAACAGAGCAGAAGAAGAAAAUGAAUUCCAAAUCCCUGGAAGAACUAGACCCUCCUCUGACCAACUAAAAGAAGCCUCGGGCACUGAUGUGAAACAGUUGGACCAAGGCAAUAAGGAUGCACGUCAUAAAGGAAAACGUGGAAAAAGGGCUAAAGAUACUUCAAGUGAAGAAGUUAACCUGAGUCACAUUGUACCAUGUGAGCCAGUUCCAGAAGAAAAAUCAAAAGAAUUACCUGAAUGGAGUGAGAAAGUGGCUCACAACAUUUUGUCAGGUGCUUCCUGGGUGAGUUGGGGUUUAAUCAAAGGUGCUGAGUUUACUGGCAAAGCAAUCCAGAAAGGUGCUUCUAAACUCCGAGAGCGGAUUCAACCAGAAGAAAAACCUGUGGAAGUUAGUCCAGCUGUCACCAAGGGACUUUAUAUAGCGAAGCAAGCUACAGGAGGAGCAGCAAAAGUCAGUCAGUUCCUGGUUGAUGGAGUUUGCACUGUAGCGAAUUGCGUUGGAAAAGAACUAGCUCCACAUGUCAAGAAGCAUGGAAGCAAACUAGUUCCAGAAUCUCUUAAAAAAGACAAAGAUGGGAAAUCUCCUCUGGAUGGUGCCAUGGUUGUAGCAGCAAGUAGUGUUCAAGGAUUUUCAACUGUUUGGCAAGGAUUGGAAUGUGCAGCUAAAUGCAUUGUUAACAAUGUUUCAGCAGAAACUGUACAAACUGUCAGAUAUAAAUACGGGUAUAAUGCAGGAGAAGCUACCCACAAUGCAGUGGAUUCUGCAGUCAAUGUUGGCGUAACUGCCUACAAUAUUAACAACAUUGGUAUCAAAGCAAUGGUGAAGAAAACUGCAACACAAACAGGACACACUCUCCUUGAGGACUAUCAGAUAGUUGAUAAUUCUCAGAGGGAAAAUCAAGAAGGAGCAGCAAAUGUCAACGUGAGAGGGGAGAAGGAUGAGCAGACGAAGGAAGUAAAGGAGGCAAAGAAGAAAGAUAAAUGAUGGAGUGCUGGGAAUCACCUAUACCAAAGCCUUAUGAAAUGGAUGAAAUUUUGUUAUGUAAGCAAAUGUGGAAUUCCUCACAGAUUAACCAGUAUUUUUUAAAUGUAUUCAUUCCUAUAAAUUAACUUUCAUAAAUUUUAUGGCAUGUCUUCUAUUUAAAAGGAAAAGAAUAAGUAUUCUUGCAUCUGGCCUUAGAAAUGUGAAGUAAUAUUCUCAAGUUUAUUUUUUCCAAGUGUAGCUGAAAUAUUUUUGCAGGUAAAAUAAAGCUAAUAAUACAUGUGCUAUUUAGACCUUAUUAAACCUAAUGUUGAACUAUUUUUAUAUCUGCUAUAUUUCAGAAAGCAAAUUAGGAAACUAUAUAUUUGCUUAAAAAUUGGCAUUUAGUAACCUUAAUUCUUUUUAUAGAAGGCUUAAAGUAUUGUCUCCUCUUUUUGCACUGUGUGGAUUUUUUUAGAUGCUUCUCAAAAUUUUCAGUGUGUAAGCUAAACCUAAUUCUAAACUAAGAAUUCUCAAAAAGACUUGUUCAAAACGGAAAGACUGAUGAAAAGUAAAAUGGACUACUUUUGUAACUUACCUGUUUGUUAGGAAAUGGAAUGGUCUUUUUGAUUUAAAAUGAAUAAAAAUAGAUUAUUACAUCUUUUGUAUUGAGACCGAUUGUUCUCUUAUGAGCCUAGGACAUUUGGGAACAUGAUUGUUUUGUAUUAAAAUUCAAAGUGAUUAUUAUCAGCUUAAUUGGAUUAAAAAAGUACUUCAAGAAAUUA